AUGGAGGGAAGCAGAUCAGAAACUUCUGCAGCCAAAGCAAGUGAAGAAAUAAUUUAUACUUCUGUCAAAUUCUCUCAGACUCCUCCAUCAAGAGCCAAAGCUGGGCAGAAAAAGAGAGCUCCCUGCCAGCAGCCAGCAGUUGUGCCAGGCUUAGCUAUUUGCUUUGGGAUACUGAGCAUCAUCCUAGCAAUUGCGUUGAUUUGGAAGAUGAGUGACUCCCACACACACUGUCCUGAUCAGUGGGUAGCCUACAGAGGGAGCUGCUACUCCUCUCAGAAGAAGGACUGGCAUUCCAGCCAGGAAUCCUGCCGGACACAGGAAGCUCACUAUCUCCUGGUCAACGCUGAUCCCAGUGAAAUGUUAAUGAUUUCCUUAUUCUUUGAGGAUCUACCAUUUCCUUGCAGCAAUUUCAGUGACUGA